AUGGAUUCUUAUGACAAAGAAGUGCGUAUUCAUAUGGAUCGAUUUGAAGAACAACAACGAAUAUUCGUUCAGACGCUUCAACAAAUUGAUGAUGAUUCAGAUGAAGAUAAAGAACUAACCCACAAUUUGUUGCAGUUAUAUUCAUCAUGGAAAAUACCUAGAGAUCCAGAGUCAAGAGAAGUGUUCACAAGAAGAUAUACGUACCGGGAUCGGGAUGAAUGGCACGAGAAGCUGAUGCACGAUUAUUUUCUUCCCGAUUGUGUGCUCUCUGAUAAAAAUUUCCAAGGACGAUUCCGCAUUCCCAGACAUUUGGUGCUAAACAUUAUUGGUGAGCUUUGUCAGGUAGAACCUCAAUUUAACUAUCAGUAUGAUGCACUAAAUAUUAGAGGUCAUAACCCUGAACAAAAGGUGACUUCGACCUUAAGGAUUCUAGGAUAUGGCAGACCUCCAGAUUCUAAUGAUGAGUAUCUUCGCAUUGGCAAAGCAACCGCAUACAAAUGGAAUUUAUCCAUAAUGGUCAACUUUAGUUCAAUGUUACCGUUAGCCACCUUCCAGUGA